AUGACUCAACCUAUUUUCGAGUUCAGUGCUGCACGAGCCAAAGCGGAAAUUGCCCAGGCUACUACUAUACAUCCAAAUCUUCUUCUUUCUCUUUAUGAAAUCAGCCAGAAAAAGAAAAUGGAAGCCGAAAAGGAAAAGGCUUCUAAGAAAGCAAGCAAAAUAGACAAAAAGGACAAAAUGGAGAGAAAAGGUAAUAAGGAUAAGAAAGAUAAGUAUCGCAAUAACAAAUUCAACGAAACAAAAGAAAUGAAAAAGGACAAUAAACAUAAAAGCAAAAACGAAAUCGUUAAUAUUGAUGUACCACAGAGCGUCCUGAAGAAUAUUCUGAACGAAGCUGGAAUUAAAACAGAUGGAUAUGAAAUUACUCUCCGUUCUGUUCCUAAAUCACUUGACUAA